AUGACUGAGGGGCUCCAGUUACUGUGCUCUUCUUUCAGAAUAGAGGAAGAGAAGCAAGUUAAAAAAACAAAUUCUCCACCGCCUGUGGAGGACCCGUAUGCAGGCUCAACAGAUGAAAACACGGAUGCUGAGGAAGAAACACAGCUGGACCUACCUAUUCCUGAGCUCCCAGAUUUGUUCAUUGGAAAACGCUUCUUCUUGUAUGGAGAGUUUCCUGCAAUUGAGCGCAGGACCCUGUCUCGAUACAUUACUGCUUUUAAUGGGGAAUUAGAGGAAUACAUGAAUGAAAAGGUGCAGUUUGUGAUCACUUCACAAGAAUGGGAUGACAGCUUUGAGGAGGCUUUAAAUGAAAAUGCUAGUCUGUCUUUUGUCCGACCACGCUGGAUCUACAACUGUAAUGAGCGUCAGAAAUACAUACCCCACCAGCCUUAUGUUGUAGUUCCACAGGAAUAGAGUCUCAUCAAGGAAACAAAAAGAGGGAAUAGAGUUCAAAAUACAGUUCAGACCAUGGAUUUGAGUACCUGGAAAUGCAGACAUUUUUAAUCUUUUCUAGAUGGACAGAGUAACCACCACAGCCCAUGCUUAGAUUUGAAUAAGUUAUCUAUGAGCAAUGAAUUUUAGAUUUUGAGCUAGAAGGCUGUCUCCAAUGUGUCUUUCCAUACGUCAUAUAACACAUGCAAUAUAUGUUGUAUGAUUUGUAAGGUUCUUUGUUCUGGUCAAUAUAUACAUAAAUGUAUUUUUCUUAACCCAUUUGUAAGGAACUUUGAGUUACUACAGUAAGGGAGCAAUGUGGGCUGCAAACCUAAACCAGCAUAAACAUUAGUAAAUGCAAGUAUCAAGACCGUCACCUCAUGACAGGAGAGUGAGGAAAAGCAAGCUUUUAAUAUGUUACCUCUUAAGUCCCUUUCAGCUUAAACAACCCAAGAGAUGUGUCACUUCAAGACUGGAGAGUCCUAAUUAUCAAGAUGCAGGACUUUCACAUUUAGUAGACAAAGUGCAGGAUCUGGCAAUACUAUUUCUGAUUGCUAAUUGUCUGAGAGAUCAUAAGGAUAAAAAGAUAAAGUGUGGCAGGCACUGCAUCUAUUGCUAUAUGCAGCAUUGUAGAGGCACGUGCCUAGGAAGUUAAUAUGCACAGGUUCAUUCAUGUUACUGGUAUUUAAUAUUCUCUUUAGGAGUUUUUUGUUUAUUUUUUGCUAGAUGUAUAUUAUUUUGGUCUGCUUGUUGUGAAAAAAAAAACAUUUUUUUAAUUGUAAAGAUUGUUUUCUAGUAACAAAUAAAAAAAAUAUUAUUUAAAUUGA